AUUCCACAUACUUUCAAACUCCUUCAAACCCCUCUUUCUCUCUCUCUUUGCAUUUUCUAGAGAGAGAAACAGAACCCAUUUUCUCUCUCUAAAACACUCACGCAAAGCCCACAUUCCUAGAGAGAGAAAGAAGAACCCCAUAUACCUCCCUUUUCUGUCAAGAUCGAUUUAUACUCGUAAAACCCUAGAAAUUUGGGGGAAAUGGGUGAUGAGUAUAUAGGGAAGAGAGUCAACAAAGAAGUCAAAGGUAUUGGUACAGUCAAAUCCUACAAUCCUGGAACUGGGUUUUUUGAGAUCCUUUACGAUGUCGGUGAUUCCGAGGUUCUUCAUUUGUCUCAACUCAUUCCUUUAUUAAAUCAAGAACUACAACCUGUUUCUACUUCUACACCAGUUGGGAGAAAACCCAAGAAACGACGUCGUAUUUCCAAGAAUUCAGGUAAUAAUAAUGCUGAUUAUUGCACUAGUAGUCAGUUGAAUUUGAAUAGUAAUGGGUUGAAUUUGGAUUUGAAUUGUGACGUGCUGGUUAAUUUAAAUGAUGAUGAUGGGGUUGUUGAUUUGAAUAAAGGGUUGAAUUUGGAUUUGAAUGAAGGGGUUGACUUGAAUGAAGGGGUGGAUUUGAACAUUGACGAAAAUAUGGGUGUAAAUGAGGAAAAGUUGGAAACUUUGGAGGAAAAUAUGGGUGUAAAUGAAGAAAAGUUGGGAACUUUGGAGGGAAGAUUGAAUGGGGGUAAUGUGAUUGAUUUGAAUGUGGAUGUAAAUGGGGAUGUAGGUAAUGUUUUGGAGGAAGUAAGGAUAAAGAACUGUUUUGACUUGAAUUUAGGGCUAGAUGAAGAUGAGACGUCGAAGAAAAUGACUUGGGAGAAAGAGGGUGGUCGAGAUACUGAGCGAAUUGAUGGUACAGAUGAAGAGAAGGUCAAUCUAGAGACGUGUUUGACUGCAAAUGAGUUGGUAAAUGGCACUCUGCAGGAAGUUGAGGUGAAGUGGUGUACACCCGAUAAGGGUAGUGGUGGGUUGGAAGUGCAAAAUGGUGUUUUGGGGAGCUCGAUCAAAGGGAAAAGGGGUAGGAAGAAGAGAAAUGUCUUGGAUGGUGGUAAAGAGACGGUGUUGAGACGAAGUGCCCGUAGAGCGAGAAUAGAUCUCGUUUCUGCUGAAGAUCAUGUUUCUUGUGCAGUAGUGUCGAGUGAUCCGCUGUUGUCUCCUGCAGUUAGUGUGGUUUCAGAGGAGAAGAUUAUAGUAUCAGGUCAUGAAGAGUCUGAUGAAAAACAUGAUGUUCUUCCUCCAAAGAUGGAUUUUCCUCCCUCUUCGAGUAGUUUAGAUUUAGAUGGUAUUCCUGUUCUUGAUUUUUUCUCUGUCUAUUCAUUUUUGAGAUCGUUUAGUACUUCAUUGUUCUUGAGCCCCUUUGAGUUGGAAGACUUCGUGGCAUGCGUAAAAGCAAAUGCUCCUACUUUAUUGUUUGACUCCAUUCAUUUCUCUCUCUUGCAAAUACUGAGGAAGCAUUUGCAGUCUCUUUCAGAUGAAAGUUCUGAAUCUGCAUCUAGUUGCCUUAGGUCUCUUAACUGGGAUUUGCUGGACCUAAUCACAUGGCCUGUCUUUAUGGUUGAAUAUCUACUACUACAUGGAUCUGAACUGAAGCCAAGUUUCGAUCUCUGUCACUUUAAACUAUUUGAGAGGGAUUACUACAAGCAACCAGCUUCUUUGAAGAUUGAAAUGCUUAGGUGUCUUUGUGAUGAUGUUAUUGAAGUAGAGGCCAUACAAUCAGAGCUUAACAGAAGAACUGUGGCAGCAGAAAACACGGAUUUUGAUCGGAAUUUGAAGUAUGGCAGUUCCAAGAAGAGGAGGGCUUCCAUGGAUGUUGCUGCUGGUUCACGCUUGAGUGAGGAAGCAGGCGAUGAAUCAACAGACUGGAAUAGUGAUGAAUGCCGCCUCUGCAAAAUGGAUGGUAGCUUAAUAUGCUGUGAUGGCUGCCCUGCCGCAUUUCAUUCCAAGUGUGUUGGUGUUGCUAGUAGUCACUUGCCUGAGGGUGAUUGGUAUUGCCCUGAAUGUGUGAUUGACAAAAAGAAGCCCUGGUUGAAUUUGGCAAAAGCAAUUCGAGGGGCAGAGUUGUUGGCAACUGAUCUGUACGGCCGGCUAUACUAUAGUUGCUGUGAUUACCUUUUGGUGUCAGAUCCAUGCGAAGACGAUUUCUCACCUAAUUAUUACCAUAGAAAUGAUUUGGCUGUGGUUGUUGGGAAAAUGAAGUCAUCAGAAAAUGUUUAUGGAACUGUGUUAAGUGCGAUUAUGAAAUUCCGUAGUACAAAUUGCAUGGCUGCAGGUGUAGAAUGUGAUCUUGAUACCCAGCUAAAAACUACGCCCUCGGAUUUUCCGGUAGUGAUUUUGUCGCAACAUGAAGAGAAGGUAAAUGAAGGAAAGCAAGCAGAAAAGCUUUCAUCAUUUUCUGAUGAUGUAGGAUGUGACAAAUCAGAGACAGUUGACCCAUCACUGAAGAUGGGAAAUAUACAGCCAGGGUCUGAAGGAUCAGCUGAAAUAUCUCAGGUUGUUGCAGACAAUCACAAUUACAAGGAGGAUGGAAUUUUUGAAGAUUCUAAUCUUGCAGAAAAAAUUAUGGAGACGAGAAGACCUCUUAAAGAAAGAGAGGGCAAUGAAUCUGUGGACUUGGGGCUGUCAACAACGAGCAGUAAAGAUAUCAUGUCAGAGGAGCAGUGUGCGGAAAGUUAUGUUAACUGUUAUAGCUUUGCUCGAAUCGCAUUAUCAGUUGAUGAAGAGUUAACAAAGAAAUCACCUGGUAAAGCUGGUGAAGAUGCUACAAAAACAGUGGAGGAAAUAAUUUCAGCGCAGCUGAAGGCCAUAUCUAGCAAAGCUAUUGAAUUUUGCUGGCCCAAUGUUCAGAAUCUGAAGAUUGAUGCUAGUAAAGAAAAUUGUGGGUGGUGCUUCCCUUGCAGAGUUCCGGAGUGCGAAAAGGACUGCUUGUUCGUCCAGAAUAACGCAGGUCCUGCUUCAGAAAGUUUUUCUAAUGAUGCAUUGGGUGUUCGUUCUAGGAAGAACAGGGAAAGCCAUCUUGUUAAUGUCCUUUGCUAUAUAUUGAGCAUUGAGGAUCGUCUUCAUGGGCUUCUGUUGGGUCCUUGGUUGAAUCCACACCACUCCCAAAAUUGGCGCAAAGGUGUUCUUAAAGCACAUGAGAUUACUACACUAAGAGCUUUUUUGCUUACAUUAGAGUCAAACUUGCGGCCUCUAGCACUUACCCCUGAUUGGCUUAAGCAUGUUGAUUCUUUAGCCAAGAUGGGUUCGGGGCAUCAUAUCAUCAUCAAUUCACCACGUGUUAGACAUGGAAAGCAAAAGAAGGGUAGGCAUUUGGAGCCGGUGGUGAAUCGAUCUUCAAAUGCUGGAAGUGGGUUGGGCUUGUUUUGGUGGAGGGGAGGAAGGCUAUCUCGUCGAUUAUUCAACUGGAAGGUUUUGCCUCAAUCAUUGGCGCACAAAGCUGCCCGACAAGGUGGAUGUAAGAAGAUACCAGACAUGUUAUAUCCGGAUAAUUCAGACUUUGCCAAGAGAAGUAAGUGCAUAGCUUGGAGGGCUGCUGUUGAAACUUCAAGAACUGCGGAGCAAAUUGCUCUCCAGGUUAGAGAUCUUGAUGCUCACAUUAGAUGGAAUGAUAUUGGAAACACCAAUAUCCUUGCAAUGAUUGACAAGGAAUUCCAAAAAUCUGUCAGAUCAUUCAAGAAAGUUAUUGUACGGAAGAAAAUCUCAGAAGGAUCUGUAGUGAAAUAUCUUCUUGAUUUUGGUAAAAGAAGAUUCUUACCGGACAUUGUUGUUCGAUGUGGAACAAUACCAGAAGAGGCCUCAAAUGAAAGAAAGAGAUAUUGGCUAGAAGAAUCUCACAUGCCUUUGCAUCUUGUGAAAGGAUUCGAGGAGAAAAGAAUUGCUCGCAAAUCUAGCAAGAUAACUGUUGGGAAGCAUCGUGAGACCAAGAGAAUAAUGAAAAAACCGCUUAAGGAAAAAGGCUUUGCAUACCUUUUCCUUAAAGCAGAGAGAUCAGAGUAUUAUCAGUGUGGACAUUGUAACAAAGAUGUCCUAAUAAGGGAAGCUGUGAGCUGUCAGUACUGCGAAGGUUUUUUCCAUAAACGCCAUGUUAGAAAGUCAACUGGAGUUGUCGCUGCUGAGUUGAAGUAUACAUGUCACAAGUGUGUGGAUGUGAAUAAUGUGAGAAAGAAUGUCAAGAGGGGGAGGAUAGAGUUGCAAAAGAGUAAGAAAGCAUCAAAAGCCUCGAGGACACUAAGCUCAAAGGUUAAAUCUAGAGGCACCAAAAAUGAACAGCCUGCACGAUCAAAGAAUAGCAAAAAGGAACCUGUUGUUGUACCCCUCAGACGUUCUGCUAGGAAGGCUAAGCUUGUAGUUGUGCAAAACAAAAAAAUAGGACGCAAAAAAGGUAAACAAACAAAAGCUGGAAGGGGUAGGGGUAGACCUAAGAAAAAAGCAAAAGUUGACAUAUCAGAGAAAAAGAAACCAGCUGAAGUUGCUUGGCAGAGGAAGAGAAUGCAGUUAUACCGGAUUUACUGGCUAAAUGGUCUAUUGCUCUCACAAAAGCCAAAUGAUGAAAGAGUGACACUCUUCAGGAGUAAAAAGCUUCUUGCUCUUUCUGGAGAGUUGGCUGCCACAGCUGAUCAGCCAAAGUGCAGUCUUUGUGGUGAACUAGAAUAUACACCUACUUCAAAUUACAUUGCAUGUGAAGUUUGUGGAGACUGGUACCAUGGAGAUGCUUUCGAUCUUACAGCUGAAAGAAUGACUAUGCUAAUUGGAUUCAAGUGCCACAAAUGUCGGCAAAGGACUCCUCCUUUUUGUGGUCAUUUGCAUACGAUGGGUAGCAAUGGUAAGCAGAUUGUGUUGGAGAGUACUGAUUGUAAAUCUGCAGAUGAAACAUGUAACGUUGAAUCUCCCUCAAGUAAGGAACCACCAGAACAGAAAUCUCAUUUGAAUGAUGAAUCAGGAUCUUGUUUUACUGGUGAUGGUGAUGAAAAGCGUCCGCAAGGGACUCUCCCUGAUUCCUGCCUUGCAGAGAAUGGAAGUUCGGCUAUUAUUAGUACAGAGCAGAGAGAAACUAUUGAUAGUUGUAGCAAGAUGGAUAUUGUACCUCCAGAUGAACCGGGCUUAUUGAAGGAGGUGGAGGAUCCGAGACCUUCGGAUGAGUUGUUGGCAUCCAAUGACAGCUCUUUGCUGAAUGAGGAAAGACAUUGAGUAAAGCACAACCCUUGUGGCAGGAUGUACAUUUUCCAAGUUUGCGGUGAUCUUACAGAAACAGGAUUACCCUUCAUUAACAUUUGAUCAACAGUGGAAUGGUAAAGCAACAACCAUCCCCGUAUCUUUAGUAGAUAGAGCUAUUGUUGACGGACCUGAAUUGUCCUCUGAGGAAAUUUUAGUUUCAGAUCAAUUUGUAGGUGUUGAGAGGAAAGAUUAGGUUGGUGUUGAUUGUGUUAAUUAUUUAACAUGAUUUUAGGAGGUUUUAUUUUUCCUUUUUCUUAGCGUGAUUAUAGGAAUAGGAUAUUGCUCUUUAGUGUAAUUGGUCGUCUUUUCUUGAUUAGUGAGGAUUCACUUGUAUAAAUACCCUUCUCAGGGGAUGUAAAGACAAUACUGAAAUACAAAGAAGUCUUUUCCUCA